AUGCAUCAACUAACACACUCAGGAGAAAAGCCCCAUCAGUGUUCUCAGUGUGGGAAAACCUAUAGCCGAAAGUCUUAUCUCAAGACACACCAGAGGAUCCAUACUGGAGAAAAGACGUAUCAGUGUUCUCAGUGUGGAAAGGCCUUUAGUCAAAAGUGUCAUCUCAACGAACACCAGAGGAUCCAUACUGGAGAAAAGCGAUAUCAGUGUUCUCAGUGUGGAAACACUUUUACUCGGAUAUCUUCUCUCAAGAAACACCAGACGAUCCAUACUGGGGAAAAGCCAUAUCAGUGUCCUCAGUGUGGAAAGACCUUUAGUGGAAAGGGUGAUCUCAGGACACACCAGAGGAUCCACACUGGGGAAAAGCCCCAUCAUUGUUCUCAGUGUGGAAAGGCCUUUACUAUAAUGGGUGAUCUCAGGAAACACCAGAGGAUCCACACUGGGGAAAAGCCCCAUCAUUGUUCUCAGUGUGGAAAGACUUUUAGUCGGAUGUCUUCUCUCAGGACACACCUGAUGAUCCAUACUGGGGAAAAGCCAUAUCAGUGUUCUCAGUGUGGAAAGACUUUUAGUCAGAUGUAUUCUCUCAGGACACACCUGAUGAUCCAUACUGGGGAAAAGCCAUAUCUGUGUACUACAUGUGGGAAGUGCUUUAAUACUAAAGGCAAUCUCAAGACACAUCAGAAAGUACAUACUAGAGUAGCUCCCAUCUAA